ACUCUUGGAUCGAAAGCAGACAACAUAAUAAAAGGUAUAAAAAGUGCAGUGCGAUUUAGAAAAAAUAGUGAAAUUUCGUUUGAAGAAAAAGUGAAAGAAUUGCAAAAAGAUCUUGAAAACGUACCUUACCAUGUUUUCGGGAAACAUACAAAUUGCGCAAGCUACUUUUGCAGCGGAAAGGAUGCAGUUGGCACAGAUUUUACUGAACUCUUACAAAAACAUGGCAUCUUAGAGUGUGUCCAAUUAUUUAUACAAAGAAUGGUUCGAAACGCCAAUAGUUUAAUGCACGGGUAUGAUUCAAAUGUUUGUGAACAGUUUAAUAGCGUUGUAUGUCAAUAUGUCGGAGGCAAAAGAAUAAACUUUUCUCUUGGGCAGUCAUACACUAAUAGAUGUGCUGCGGCAGUGGUUCAAUUUAACUCUAAGAGGCCAUUCACAGAGUUUACCAAGACACAAAAUGAAAGCACCAAUACUCCUAGAAGCAAGUUUUUAGUCAAAUCCGAAGCUAGAAAUAAAACCUUGCUCCGAAAAAGAAAUUUAGCUUCUAACAUCAACAAAACUAAGAACAUUGCAAGAAAAAGAAAAAGAAGUGGCGCCGACUCGUAUUAUGGAAACGUUGAAAUGACAUCCGAGAUCCCAGAUAAAACAAGUGAAGAAUUGCUCUUAGAAAAGCAAAAAAACUUCAAAUGAUUGAGAGCAAUUAUUUAAGAAAAAGAGAAAUUGAAGUUGAAACGCGUAAUCAAUCCCUUGAUGAGAAGUGGUUUGAUGUUAGACAUCAGAUGGUUACUGCUUCCAAUUUCGGCAAAAUAUGCAAAGUAAAAAGUUUAGCCAGCUACCACAAUAUUAUUUUGCAUAUUUUGUACACUCGCGUAUCAAAUUGCAACAUGUUAUGGGGCCUUCAAAACGAGAAAAAAGCAAUCCAAAAACUAGAAGAAGCGAUAAAAAUCAAAGUACAAAAAUGCGGAUUUUUUAUUGAUGAUGAGUUUCACUACCUUGGAGCAACACCUGACGGCUUAGUAGGCGAAGAUGGCAUCUGUGAAGUCAAAUGCCCAUCAUCAAUAAAAAACUUGACUAUAAGCGAUGCAGUUGAAAAGAAAAAACUAAAAUAUCUUCAGAAAAGCGGAGAUACUUUUGUACUAAAAAAAAACGACGAUUAUUUUUAUCAAGUGCAAGGACAACUGCACAUUACAAAACGAUCCCAUUGUUUUUUUGGUGUAUGGACAUCAUGCGAUUUUGUUUGUAUUAAAAUACAAAAAGACGACUCAUUUUGGGAAGACAAAAUAAAAAACAAACUACUAAAUUUUUAUAAUAAUCAUUUUUUAUUGGAAUUAUGUGAUCCACGGAUUCCAAGAAAAAUGAGGGUAUGGAAUACGUAAUAUAACAGCAAACGAUCCACUUUCUAUUAGAAUAUUAUUACUUUUCAAAACUAUGCGUAUUUUUCUAAAUCUUUAAAACUAUUUUUUUUUUUCGUUCCAUACCUUCAAAUUAAUUUUCAAUAUUCAGUAA